GUUAUGUUCAAGCAUAAUAGUACUUAUGUAACGAGUAAUUAAUGAAAAUUUAAAAUAGUUUUGAAUGUUUGAUGAGGUAUAGUACAGUGGUUAAUUAAGUACCUGAAAACACGAAUAUCGCGAUUGUUCAACGAUAAAAUUACGAGUAUUUAUUUGCACAAUCAAACGUUUCUGGCAAUUUACUGAUACCUACCCACACCUUAAGAUAAGCGUAUAAGCAUCCAAAAGCUAUACAUAUGAUGUAAUGUCAUAAAAUUGAUUCAGUUGUUCUUGAUAUGCAUAACCGUGCGCACAGUUGGAAAUAGUAUCUUUAUGGAAUCAAAAAUGGCAAAAUCAAGAGAAACUUUGAACCAAGUUCUAUCACUCAUGACAGUGGCUUUUAACGAACUAUCGAUGGGCUUGGCCGUAGGUUGGUUAGCUCCAACUUUAAUCGUAUUGAAAGACCCAAAAGGCGAAUUUAAGGCAACACUGGAUGAAAUUUCAUGGCUAGCGUGUUUAGAGUUUGUGGGUGAAAUUCCAGGAGUAAUUUUUACCGCAUUUGCUCUCGAUAUUUUCGGAAGAAAGAUCUUACUCUGUUCGCCAGCAUUUGCAUUUUUCUUGAUGUGGGUUAUCAAUGGACUCACCAACUCUAUGCUGGUGCUUUGCGUGACUAGAUUCUUUUUCGGAGUUUUUGCCGGCCUCAACGACGGUACAAAUUCUAUCUACCUAGCUGAGAACAGCUCGCCGAAAAUUCGAGGUGUAUUUGGAUCCGUGUGCAUCGCUCUCCAUUACGUCGGCCUUCUUGCAGAGUAUGUAAUCGCUGCCUACUUCUCGUAUACUAUUACUGCGAUAGUGAACGCAGUCAUCACUUUCGUAGCUUUUUUGUCAGUGAUAUGGAUGAAGGAACCGGUACAAUAUUUGCUCAUGAAAGGAAAGCACGAACAAGCGAAGAAAAAUUUCAUCUGGCUACGCGGUGGCAACGUCAACAACGAUGAGAUGGAAUACGAAUUCGAACGAAUCAAACAGAACGUUCAGUCGGAGAAUUUGAAAAAAUCAUCGUUCAAAAAAACCAUUACAUCGCCAGCCAAUUACCGAAGUUUAUUCAUCGUCGUCACUCUAUACGUAUUGGCCGGAUGUACCGGAUAUUUUCCAGUUAUGACCUACGCUUCGAUGGCCUUUUCAGCAUCGGAUAUCCUGACACCUAACCAGUUCACCAUAUUGUUCGGAUUGACUCAAUGUAUCGUCGCCGUCUCUUCUUCUUUCUUCGUGAAACGUUUCAGUCGUCGAAGAAUCAUUUUGUUUUCUUUUUCAUUAAUCGCCGUAUGCCAUGCUACAACCGCCGUUCUCUAUUACGUCAACUCUAAUGUCUCGCAGAUUCCAUACUUUCCAUGGUUGAUUUUUGCAUCGAUUACGCUUUUUUCCUCAGUGUACGCCGCUUUGUACCCGGUCAUUUUUGUCAUACGAGGUGAACUAUUCCCAUUGAGUAUCAAAGCCAAAGGAGGCUGUAUUUCAAUGGCUACUUGGGCAGUGUCCACUACAGUAACUACUAAAAUUUUUCCUCAUAUUAGCGACGGUUUCGGUAUAGAAGGUAAUUUCCUGUUAUUUCUAAUUUUCACUGUGAUAACGAUGCUGUUUGUGUACUUCUUUUUACCCGAAACAAAAAACAAAUCACUGAUCGAAAUUCAAGAAAUGCUUGAAAAAACUAAGUAAACAGUACGUCUUUUGGAAGAAUUUUUCGAACAAAUUAUUCGAAAAACAAACUGAGCAUGAAUUAUUACCGCCAAGAAGAAUCAAGUACCAAAUGGUUCACACAAAAAUAUGAAUUUUCUACAUCGGAUUGUAAGCGA